CGCCGACAGUACCUGAAGGAACAGCUCGUAAAGAAUCUCUUCCCGCACUCGGGCCUCUAAAUUUCCCACAAACACCGUCCUGUCGGCUUCCUCCUGAGCAGGGAACAUGCCUUCGCCUCGGCCGAAGAACGGAGGAGGUCCUCGAGACCACGCCCCCUCUCCUCACCAGCUGAGCCGGCUACGAGAGUAAGCGCGCAAGGGGCGGAGCGAGGCUGCGGCGCCCCGCCCCCAGCACCCCGUGGUAACCGCCCAGCGCGCCUUCGCCACGCCCCGGAUCCGGCUGGGACCUUGGGAGAGUGAGUGAGAAUAAAGAAUAAAGGACCAUGCCUUAAAUUCUCUCGGCUAAGUUUAAAGGAUUCCUUCAGAGAUCUGUUUAAUCCCAAAAUGGAGAUAUUUUUGAUAUUGUAUACAAGGAACAACCCGAGCUGUGCUGAGUCACUGUUUGAGCAGGAUAACUCACUUAAUGUUAAAUUCAACCCAAGAAAGAAAACAGUCUGGCUUAUUCAUGGAUACAGACCAAUGGGCUCCACUCCACCAUGGCUUCAGAACUUUGUGAGAAUUUUGUUGGACCAAGACGAUAUAAAUAUAAUUGUAGUAGACUGGAACCGAGGUGCUACAACUUUUUUUUACAGUAGAGCAGUUAAAAAUACCAGAAAAGUUGCUGUGAGUUUGAGUAGGUACAUUCAGAAUCUUUUGAAGCAUGGAGCAUCUCUUGAUAAUUUUCAUUUCAUAGGUGUGAGCUUAGGGGCUCAUAUUAGUGGAUUUGUUGGAAAGAUAUUUCAUGGUCAAGUUGGAAGAAUAACAGGUCUUGACCCUGCUGGACCACAAUUCUCUGGAAAACCAUCAAAGGGCAAAUUAGAUUACACUGAUGCAAAUAUUGUGGAUGUCAUACACACUGAUACCAAUGGUUUAGGCAUUAAAGAACCCUUGGGACAUAUAGAUUUCUAUCCAAAUGGAGGGAAAAAGCAACCUGGCUGUCCUAAAUCAAUUUUUUCAGGACUUGAAUUUAUUAAAUGCGACCACCAGAGAGCAGUUUACUUAUUCAUGGCAGCUUUGGAAACAAGCUGCAAUUUUAUUUCAUUUCCUUGUCAUUCAUACAAAGAUUACAAGACUGGUUCAUGUGUGGAUUGUGCCGACUUUAAGGAAAAAUCAUGUCCUAAACUAGGUUAUCAAACUGAGCUAUGGAAAGAUGUUUUAAAAGAGAGAAUAGAGAACAGAACUCUUAGGACCACUGUGUUUUUGGAUACUGUUGGCAGAAAUCCAUUCUGUACCUAUUAUUUUGUUCUCAGUAUAACUGUUCUGGAUAAAACGAUGAAGGAUGGCUAUAUUACAUUUAAAUUAUUAAACCAACUUGGAAUGGUUGAAGAGCCAAGGCUCUAUAAGAAGAACAGAUUAUUUUGUAAACAUCAAGAAUUCAAGAUUCUUGCUCAGUUUUUAAAUGAUGUUGUAAAUAUUUCAAGCAUUAGUUUGGCAUAUUUUCAGAGCUCAAAUCAGCAAUGUUCCACAUGCAAAUACACUAUUCAACGUCUCAAGUUAAAAUCACUUACAUAUCCAGAAAGACCACCACUAUGCACUUAUAAUUUUGUACUUAAAGAAAGUGAGGAAAUAUUUCUCAGUCCAAAUACAUGCGCACCAAAUGAAAUAUAA